CGUCUUUCGACCUUGCCUGUUUUACGACACUGGGACGCACUUUUCGGCGUCUCUUGUUAUUUACAAUCGUCCAGGUAAACAAGCGUACUCGAUGUAGCUUUCUGCUAACGAAAACAACUUUACAUGACAAGUGACAAUGCUUCUCAAAAACAGAGCCAUCUUUUCACUUGGCUUUCGCAUGUGUUCUACGCACGUGACAAAUGCACCACCAGUAGAAACGGCGAAACCAAGUUCAGACAUGUCUGAAUUCCGCAAGGCCUUCUCCAAAGCAAAACACAUCGCGAUCAUCACCGGAGCAGGUGUUAGUGCAGAGAGCGGAGUACCAACUUUCAGAGGAGAGCAUGAGAAGUGGAGGAAGUGGCAUUCUCAGGACCUUGCCAGUCCAGAAGCCUUCUCUCGCACCCCGUCUCGGGUCUGGGAGUUCUACCAUUACAGAAGGGAGCUCGUGUUGGACAAGCAGCCCAGUGCCGUCCAUUUCGCCAUUGCGGAGUGCGAGGCCCGGCUGAAGAAGCAGGGGCGCUCUGUUGUUGUUAUCACACAGUGCAUAGAUGAUUUGCACAGGCAGGCUGGGUCCAAGCAUGUACUCCAGAUUCAUGGCAGUCUGAUGGAGACACGCUGUUUGAGUUGUAGGCAAGUGACUCUGAACAAGGAAAGCCCCAUCUGUGCUGCCUUGAAGGGCAAAGGAGCUCCCGGACCAAAUGUUCCCGAUGCUCAGAUUCCUGUGGACAAACUGCCAAGGUGUGAAGAGAGAGACUGCCACGGUCUUCUGAGGCCCAAUGUGGUUUUCUUCGGAGAGACUCUGGACUCUCAUCUCCUGACCAUGGUGGAAAAAGAAAUUGAAACCUGCGAUCUCUGUCUGGUGGUGGGGACGUCUUCCAUCGUUUACCCAGCGGCCAUGUUUGGCCCUCGGGUCGCUUCCAGAGGCGUCCCAGUGGCAGAGUUUAACAUGAACACAACACCGAAAACAGAAUAUUUCAUGUACCAUUUUCAGGGUCCAUGUGGAACUACUCUGCCUCAAGCUUUGGCGCCACAUGAGUCUGAAGUCCUUUAAAUCCAACGCUUUCUUUUUUUCCCACAAAAUAUGACAAAAAUGUGGGAUUUCAGUACAAUUUUCAUAAAUAAAAUUAUUUGUUUUCUAAAAACUAAAUAAUUGAUCUCCUUAUACUUGAAUAUAACUAACUGGAAUCAAAUUGACUGCUCAGACGCAAAGCAGGAAAUGUGUAACUUGAUUAGUGAAGGGGAACGCUUUCUGUACGUAGGAGUUUGCAUAUAAAAGGAUCCCCCCCCCCCCCCCAAGAUACUAUUUUUAGCAGGAGAUUAUGGUUUAGAGUUGUUUCGCUCUAAAACAAUGCUGUAGAAUAGAACAACAUUCGACUUCUUGUGCCAAUGGAUAGUAUUCCUCUUUUCCUUUUCUAUCCAAUAAACACAUCCAGAAAUAAACGUGUGCCUUUCCAGACUCAAACCAAAAGCUUGGUUUUGAAUUUUCAGAUACGAGUCAGCCAGUGUUACGGGGAUUCAGACGGUAGAUCAGCCUCUCGCACUUACAUGAUGUUGGACGUUCAUCUGACAUUUGCUGGAUUUUUUUCUGUUUUCUCAUAGAUUCAUGUGUCAUAAUAUCGCUAGAACUAAACAGAAAUGUGAAAAUUGAUGUACUUUAUUGUCUUCAAAGUAACAUACAGUUGUUUCUGACUUUAUUAAUACUGCCUGUGUAUUUGUAUGAAGCAUAACUAAUAAACGACUUCAUGGAUACAUGAA